AUGUCAGCUGAACCCACUUCCACCACUGCCGCUGCUUCCAAUGCAGCACCACCACAAACUUCAAUGCCGGGAGACCGGCAACUCUUCACCGUGGAAGAGUUUUACCCGGUCUACUUCUCUGCCUGGGAGCGCGAGACGGGUCUGUGUAGCAUCUGCUGCAACCAAGUCGAGGGGCCGUGCGUCGUGUGCCAGAGCAACGCGGAGGCCACCUCGGCGGAGUGCAGCAUCACAUGGGGCGAGUGCGGCCAUGCCUUCCAUACCCAUUGCAUUGAGAAAUGGCUGAAGACGCGGCCGGUGUGCCCCCUCGACAACAAGGAGUGGAAGGACCGCUCAGACUGGAACACCUCCGCCACCGUAUAG